AGUUCUUAUGGGUUGGGACACGCCUCAUAAAUGUAUCGGAUUAUUCGUGCCCAGCGAUGAUGAGAUAAGGACCAGACAAAUGCGCAAAUGCGGCCUGUAUAUUUGUUGAUAACAUGCGAUUCGACAAUUAUCAACAACGUAUUUACUGCCGCUAUCGCGUGAAGGUAUUAUAACGUAGCUGCUUGGCAUCGAACCGGGUUGCUAUUUUCCUAACUCACAAUGAGCGGAAAAUUAGCUGUAAAUAAAACCACAUCACGUGCGUGCAGCAGCGUCGGUUUUCUUUAUGGUUCGACUACCAUAGGAAUCGCAUAACAGUGGAUAGGCCUUCAGUGCUGAUUAAAUGCUCGUGGAAGAGUUUCACAUAAAUCAGAUGUUCUUUGACGGAUUUGGACUCUGUUAAUCAUGAUCCGAAACGGGAUAGCAGUGACGGCUGAAAGUGGCGUUAUGUUUGCCAUCCAACCAGAACACCCUGGGUGGAUAGACUCUACAUUUUGCAAACGGGAAUGUUCUCGCUAUGUUUGCACCUACGAAAAAGAAUCACCGUGCAUUUGCGGUCGGACGUUUUCAUACCACAAGACCCACGGUAUCCAAGGUGAUGGCGAAGGAGAAGAAACUUGGUCUCCUAGUCAUAAUACGGUCACUAGCCCUACUGACGCGUAUGGGACCAUCGAUUUCUUGGGAGGUCCGCAUCCAAAUAAAGCCCAGUUUAUCCGGUUAGGCUUUGAUUCCCGACCCGACCUUAUCUUUCAGCUGUUGAUUCGCCAGUGGGGACUUGAAAUACCCAAACUAGUUAUUUCCGUCCACGGUGGCAAGGCAAAUUUUGAACUCAAUUCACGCGUGAAGCUCGUUUUUGGUGAAGGGCUUCUUAGAGCAGCAAAAACAACUGGUGCAUGGAUUUUGACUGGUGGAACUAAUACUGGAGUUACUCGUCAUGUUGGCGACGCUUUAAUAUCUGAACGCUCUCCUCGUCUACGCGGUGGUCGUGCUGUGAGUAUCGGCAUCGCUCCUUGGGGUGUAGUAGAGAACCGUGCAUCCUUGAUCGGGAGAAAGAAGGAUGCCGCCUAUCAAUCAAUCGACCAUCCUCGUUCCAAAUUCGCUGCCCUCAACAAUCGACACGCUUACUUCUUGUUGAGUGACGACGGAACUGUUGGCCGGUAUGGAGCGGAAAUUGCGCUGCGUAGGAAUCUGGAAAAAUACAUUUUCAGACAACGACUCCCAGCUCGCGCUACUUGUUCCAUUCCUGUGGUCUGUUUGGUCGUAGAGGGUGGAAUGGAUACCAUCAGGACAGUUUUGGAAUACGUGACGGAUUCACCGCCCGUUCCUGUGGUUGUAGUGGAAGGAUCGGGCCGAGCAGCUGAUUUAAUAGCUUUCGCGCAUAAAUGUGCAAUGGAGACAGAGGACGAUGUGGCUGUACAAGCAAUGCGAGCACAGCUGAUGGCAGCCAUUUUGCAAGCGUUCGAUGUUAACCAGCAAAAAGCGAGCAAGUUGCUUUAUGAGAUCUUUCAAUGCGUAGAAAAUAAGGAUCUCAUUACUAUAUUCCGGCCCUCGGAGAACACGACCACUUCUCCCAAUGAACUGGACAACGCUAUACUCUGUGCCCUUUUUCGCGCUCAUUACUUAUCCGCAUCCGAACAACUUUGCUUAGCGCUGGCCUGGAAUCGAGUUGACAUUGCUCGCUCUGAAAUUUUUGUUUACGGUCAAGAAUGGCCGGAAGGAAUCCUCAAAGAAACCAUGAUGGAAGCUUUGGUUAAGAACCGCGUGGAUUUUGUCAAACUGCUGUUGGAAAUGGGUGUACAAAUGAGCACAUUUUUCACCAUUCCUCGGCUGGAAGAGCUUUACAAUUCUAAACAAGGGCCGGCCAAUACCUUGAGAUACAUUGUCCGUGACGUCCGACCACACAUGUCCCGGAACUACUCCUUCACGCUUAUCGAUAUCGGCCUGGUGGUCAACAAACUAAUGGGAGGCGCUUAUCGAUGUUCCUAUACUCGCCGGAAAUUCCGCCACAUUUACAAUGAACUGAUGGGCAAAUCCAAGGAACAGUUAGUGGCAAGUGACAGUGCUCUUAGAGGUGAAUUUGGACAUGGAGAGGCCAGCCAAAGCUUCGAAGACUUGCAAUAUCACGUACAACCGUCGUACAAUUUGUUCAAUCAGCCGUUCAAUGAACUGCUAGUUUGGUCUGUAUUGACGAAACGCCAAUCUAUGGCUAAACUCAUGUGGCACCAUGGGGAGGAGGCACUAGCUAAGGCGCUGGUGGCUAGCAAACUCUAUCGCGCCAUGGCAAGUGAAGCGGCUGACGACGAUUUAGAAGUAGAAAUCUACGACGAGUUACGCAGUUACGCAGCCGAAUUCGAUCGUGAGGCAUUGGAAUUGCUGGACUAUUGCUACCGUCAAGACGAUGGUCUUGCACAGCAAUUACUGACCUGUGAAUUGUCCAACUGGUCUCGUCAAACUUGCCUGAGGUUAGCAUUUGCAUGCCGUCAUCGCGAACUGCUGGCCCAUCCGUGUGCUCAGCUCAUCCUGGGAGACUUGUGGCUUGGUGGAUUGCGGACCCGACACUCAACAAAUCUGAAAAUUGUACUGGCCAUCAUCUGUCCAGCAUUCAUUUUACGUUUGGAGUUUAAAUCGAAAAAGGAGCUCUUACUAAUGCCACAAACGGAAACGGAGCACAUGAUCGACCUGAAAGAUGGAGAUGAACACCCACCAACUAAAAAAAUGCGAGGCUGUUCAUUGUGCUCAGCGUCUUCGACCGCUUCCGUCCGAAAGGAACAUGUCAAACCUGAUAAUUGGAAAUGCGACACUGCCAAUUUUCUUGAGGUUAGAAGCUCUUCGCAUGGAACGCGAUGCCAUGUCUGCGACGCUGGAUUGGACACCAACGGUAUUCAAGAUAUUCACAAUAACCAGGCUGACAUCCACCAUGGACUGGAAUGUACUGUAAUAGACCACCAUCAUCCGUUGUCGUUCCAUCGAAAGUUGUUUGAGUUUUAUUCUGCGCCCAUCACGAAAUUUUGGACAUGGACGAUGGCAUACUUUUUCUUCCUAGCCAUUUACACGUACACGCUACUGAUCCGAACGCCACCUAGGCCGGAAUGGAACGAAUGCUACGUUAUUAUCUACAUUUCCAGCUUUGGAAUGGAAAAAGUUAGGCAAAUAUUGGCUAGCGAGCCUGUCAAUCUCAAUCGGAAAUUGGCCGUAUGGGCCUCAAGUGCCUGGAAUUGCUGCGAUGCUUUUUUCAUUGUUGAAUUCUUUGUUGGCCUUAUUCUUCGCCAGCAAGAAAACACAUUGGAACAUGGCCGAGUCCUCUAUUGUCUGAAUAUUGUUUUUUGGUACAUACGAAUCUUGUUGAUCUUGCGAGUGUCCAGGUUCCUUGGGCCAUUUGUGACGAUGAUCGGAUGGAUGCUUAAGCGGAUGGUUUAUUACGUUACUUUAAUGUUGGUGGUGUUAAUGUCGUACGGCGUCUUUCGCCAGUCAGUGCUUUUUCCCCACGAAGAAUUUUCCUGGUUUCUGGUACGCGAUAUCUUUUUCAAACCAUAUUUCAUGAUUUAUGGUGAAUUAUUCGCCGACGAUAUUAACCCUCCUUGUGGCAACGGAACCAAACCUGAUGGAUCCUUCGAUCCUGAAAUGCCGCCUUGCGAAACUGGUCGUUGGCUCAAUCCUCUCCUUAUGACAGCUUAUCUUUUAAUGAUCAACAUCUUGUUGCUCAAUUUGCUCAUCGCCGUCUUCAAUUCGAUUUUCUUGAAAAGCAAUGUCAAUUCGCACAAAAUUUGGAAGUUCAAUCGAUUUGCUGUCGUCAUGGACUACGACCAAAAACCAACUCUACCUCCGCCGUUUAUCAUUUUCAGCCAUUUCGUUCUCUUCGCCGAAUGGAUUCAAAGACGAUUUGCAGGCGUGAAAGAAUCUUACGAUUGCGGAUUGAAGCUUUUUCUCGACAAGGAUGACCUUGAACGGCUGUAUGAUUUUGAAGAGGAAUCCAUGGAAGGGCUGGUUCGCGAACGAGAAGCAAAGCAAAAUCAGACCACAGACGAACGUAUCCGGAUGCUUGGGCAACGAAUGGAGAAUAUCAGCUCGAAAAUGGACGAUUCCUAUCAACCGGAUAAUGGGGUUGUCCUUCUGGAUUCGCUUGAAUCGCGUCUUAAUCUGCUGGAGAAAGCAAUGGAACGGACGACUGACAGAUGCAUUGCCCUUCACGACUGCGUCAUAUCGCAAGAAUCAUUUUCCCAACCAUCGAGUAAGCAAGCUGCGUCUAUGACACUCUCGGAAGCCACUACUUUGCUGGCAAGUGCCCUAGAUGGCGAAACCUGGACUUCUACUCCUAUCCUCUCAGAUUCAUCAUCAAGCACAUCAGAAGAUGAGCAGGAUUAUGGUAGAGCUAAUGAAAGUGAAAAAGGACGUGAAGCUUAUCGCCAAGAGCCUAACAGCGCAGACGAGCCAAUUCGCCCGCGGGUUCGAAAUAAGUUCGAACGUCGGUCUACUAGUUCUUGUCCAACAAGAAAAAAGGUGGUUCUGAAACGCCAGCUAACGGAAAUACAAAGCGAUGAUAGCGCUGCUGUUCAAGAGUUUGCUACAUCGGGCAUUGCAGUACUCAACAACCGUUUUCCAUUUCCAAAUGAUGUCUCUACUUUGCAGAAUGGACAAUCAGAAAGUAUGCGAAAACCAUCACCUCUGUUCCGAGCUGUUAGUCGAAUUAGUAACAACGGAGGGGAGAAAUAUGGCCGGUCGUUUUUGACGGCGAAAGUGGUAGCAGAAACCCAACGUCUUAGAGAAAUGGAAGGAGACGUCUACCACUUGAUGGGAGGCGUCAUCCGGCAGAGGCGUCAUAUGGAAUCGGAAAAUUAUGAACCCUCUCUUGAGGAAAUGGCUGGAAUACAUAUUCAUUGCGGCGCUGUUGACAUGGCUGAUGAAGAUGAGACGAUAAUAUUGAGAAAGAAUGUCGAAAGCUUGGCCAUAAAUAUAGAAGAUUCUCGGGUAGUGCCAGAAGAUGCUACGAAAUCAGCGGACGUUUUUAAUGAAUAAAAUCGGUAUUUUGCAACAUCCGUGAGCUAAUAAAUGUGGAUACAACGUGUUCGAUUUGAACACUCGCU